CCGCGCUUUACAAAGUUUGAAUCUGGCCAACUGUUAGGCAGGAAAAAUCUGUUUAAAAAACACGUCACGGUGGGCGCCUCGUGCAUGUGCGGUCUGCUUCUGAAGUUUAUAUGGCUCAUUAAAUGUCAUUAUUGAGGAGAAAUAUUUUAACCCGCGGUCUUAGUUCAGUAAUUUGGAUUCUGCAGAAAUCGUCGUCUGCACACAUCUCUCUGAAGUCUAUGAAGUAACUUACAUCGAGUAAAAUGACUAGAAAAUCUGUUAAAAGAUGUAAAAACAAACCAUCAUCAGAAACACCCAGACGUCUGUAUAAACGGUCAAGAGGCUCUUCAGCUGAAGAGGACCCAGAAUCAGAAAACAUACCUCCUAGUUCAACCCCUUCACAAAAUAAAUCUGUAAGAGAGAUAAAUGCAGUAUUAGCAAGUCAAACCCCAUCACAUCUGAAUAUCACUGCAGCAGCAGAUCAGGGAAGUCCAGUCAGUGCUCCAACUAUAAGCAACACAAGUGUACAAGGAAACAUAAUCAUAAAACAUAACUCCUUUUUAGUAACAGUGGUGGUGCCUAAUUCUGAUAAUCAACUUUCAUCUGAGUGUCACUCAAAAAGUGUAAAAGAUGAAGUGGAUGAACAGAAUCAGAUUAUUCCUCACAAGACUAAAGAGAUCCUUCAGAAACCGGAAAACUCCCAGAUUUUACAUUAUCGGUCAAGGUCAAGGUGCCUGACCUAUGGAGAUAGUGUGGUGGACCAACCUACAUUAACUCUUGCAGAGGUGAAAAAGAACACAAAUUACUUGAGAGAGAUUACUACAACUGGGAAGAUCUUAGAGACGCGACCACCAAUCAACAUUCAGCAGUGUGAAGAAGAGAUGAAUUGGUCUCACUAUGCCUUGUAUGAUAAUACAGCAACAGUUCACCUGAGUUUGGCAGAUACUUUUAAAGUAAACCUCGGUCAGUGGUAUAGAUUUAAAAGUGUUUCUAUUUGUGACUUUGGUAAAGGAAAUGUGCUUUGUUCAACUGGGUUCACAAAACUUAAGUCGUUUACUCCUUUGAGAGACAAUAUACAGGACCCUAAAGAGACGGUUAUAUCAGGCGGGGUCACUGAGGCAUUAGUGAACUUUGAAUAUUUCUGUUCGUGUGGAGCUGUAGUCACUCUGUCAGACACCAAAUUGUUUCGCAUCAAAUGCGGCGAGUGCAAAAAGAGCUGCAGAUGUGCAAAUGUUCGAAACAAGGCCAAGGCUGAAGUCACCAUAAAACAGACCAAUGGAGCUGACCAGAGAGUUGUGUUAACUGAUGAACUACUGCACUCCAUUGUCAACUUUAAGAAAGAGGGAUUCUGGGACAAUCAUCAGCUGGAGGAUAAACUGCUAGAGGUUGAGAAAAUGACUGUGAUCUGUGUGGAUGGUGAACCGGAACCGCAGCGUGUACAGAUUGAACCAGUGGAUAAAGCCAAAGACAGUUGGUAUGUGACUGGGUGUAAACGUAUAAAAAGUCUAUGUUUACUCUCAUAAAGCUUUGUCUUACCUCAAAUCCAUCAUGGACCUUCCAGCAGCUCUGUAGAUGAUCCAUGGGACACCACUCUCAUUGGGCUUAUCACAUAAAGGGUUGGUGGACUUCUAUGCUUCCAUCAUUGAAUUUAUAUUCAUCUGCUUUAUCACCAUUUGUUUUGCUGCUGCCAUUGCCAAGAACAAAGGUCAGGGUUCCCGCAGGGUCUUAAAAAGUCUUAAAAAGUCUAAAAUUCAGAAAGUUAAAUUUAAGGCCAUAAAAGUCUUAAAAACGGCCAGAUUUUCAUCCUAGGUCUUAAAUUUAAUUAACCCAAGUCUUAAAUUUCUUACCUCCGUUUAUUCCUGAAAAGAUUUGUCCAAAAAAAUAUAAUGUUUUGAGAAUUUCUGAGAACAUUGUGUCGCGUUGGUCUUAAAUUUCACUCAUAAUGGUCUUAAAAAGGUCUUAAAAAGUCUUAAAUUUGACUUGGUGAAACCUGCAGCAACCCUGAAUGUGUCAAAGAUUUCAUAGCUGAGAAGGGGAGCACACAGGUCAGACUGCUAUAAAGAAAGCACCUUGUGACCUCAAUUUGUGUCAUUUCUGUCAUCUCACUCACUUUAAACAUCGUACACUAAUGACCAGUGAAUGUCCCUUCCUUUAGUGAUAUUUGAAUAUUUUUGUAACAAUUUUUUUAUUUUAUUGUAGAUGAUAGUCAUUGUUAAAGGAAUAGUCUACUCAUUUUUAAUAUUAAACUAUGUUAUUACCUUAACUAAGAAGAGUUGAUACAUCCCUCUAUCAUCUUAGUGCGUGCACGUAAGCGCUGGAGCGCGCUGCGACACUUCGAUAGCAUUUAGCUUAGCCCCAUUCAUUCAAUGGUACCAAACAGAGAUAAAGUUAGAAGUGACCAAACACAUCAACGUUUUUCCUAUUUAAGACGAGUAGUUAUACGAGCAAGUUUGGUGGUACAAAGUAAAACGUAGCGCUUUUGUAAGCGGAUUUAAUAGAGGAACUAUAUUGUAUGGUGGAAUAGCACUUUUGAAAGUACUUCGACUCGGCGCAGUAACACCCUCCCUCUCCCAUUAUGAGAGGGAGAAGGGGAGCGGAUUUUUCAGCAGAAAUUUUUUUUUGGCAGAAAAAAUACUCUUUUUGAUAUAAAAUGUUUCACAGCAUUCAUUGAAAUUUAUUGGUUAGAUGCAGAAGUCAAAAGCCUGUUUAUAGAAAUGAGUGUGAUACAAAUGUUUUGUAGACUUUUUUAGUAAAUUAAAAGAAAAAAUGAAUCUGGUAAAUAAAAUAUUCACAAUAUUUGCAAUAUAAAUCAAAAUAAAAUGCAUAAAAUAACAUUUAGAUUAGAACCAAGUGUCUGAGCCAAAGUUGGUGGCAUCAAAGUUGCAUACUGCCAGUGCAUGUCCAUGCACAGUUACUUUGAGUUAGUUUUUGCUAGUUUAAUUGUUUAUCUCCCAUGUAAUUCAUCUAGUUCCUGUACUAUACUUCUUCAUGAUUACUCUCUUGCCACGUAAAUGUGUCUCACCACAAGGUGGCAAAAUCUAUGUGUGAUGCUGCCUGUGAAAACCCAGCUAAAGUCUUUUUUUCUGAUUUACUGUCAAUCAUCCUACAUAAUGUAAAUAACAUUCUGUGAAAAUAUAACUUUAAUAUCUUUAAUACUUACUAAGAUCAUGUCACAGAUUAAAGUCAAUGAGUGAAUUUCAAACUUUGAUGCUCCUAAUCUCUUUAUUAGAUUACGAGACUUUAGACUGGAUUUCACACAAGAUUAAAAAAUUAUGAAAUUUCAAGAGUUUUUUCUUUGUCAUUGUUGCUCAUCAAUGUUUUUGUCAUACCUGUUUAUACAGAACACUUUAUUAGCAACACAAAACCUUAUGCAUGUUCUAAAAUGUUUACUUGUUGCAUAUGCCUA